GACAAGGCCAGAAUUAAAAAUAACCUUGCUCGCUCCCCUUUCCAGUACUCCUCGGUGCCCUCCCGGCCCUGCCCUCAUGGGUUUAUAGCCGUACCCAGGAGAUAGAAAAUAGACUCGCAAGUGAGGGAACAAAGCUAACUCCUGGCUAAACGUUAAACAAGCAGUAGUAACUUCGGGGGAUGGGAGAAGCCGGCGCACUCCCUCCCUGGGAGUAUAGUAAUUCACGUGACUUCUCGGCAGCCGCUCGGGUUUUGGUUGCAGCUAUCUGCUUGGUGUGGAGCCGCGAAGUUUCAUUUUUGCAGUCGCUGGUUGUUGAAAAUUGCCCUCUGUGGAGCCGCGGGCCGGGAAGUUGAGGGGCGGCGGUGAGUGAUGCUGAGCGGGCUGGAGGAGCUCCUGGAAGCCCGCAGUGGCAAGCACUCGGUCUUCGGAGGAAGAAAGUAUUGCACCAUUGUGGGAGAUAAAAGAGACACUCUACAGUGGAGUGAUUCUCAGAACAUCAUGUCCUGGUACCCACUCAGGAACUAGAAUCCAGGCUUGUAUGCCCCUGAGAACUUCCAUGUUGCCAUUUAGAACAUUGAUGAUGAGUCUUCUCAUCCUACAAACCAGUGCUAGAUCCAGAUGGACUCCUUAAGCUUGCAGGAUGGUGGGGAAAGCCUGCAACACUACCUCGUGGGGGUGUUCAGUAAGGACUUUGAAUGGCUGACCUUGAAGGCCAAGUUCUUCCUGCCUGACAUAGACUUGACUCCUGUGGACGAGGCCCCAGAUCCCACCCAGAAAGUCUCCCUGCUCCUUGGCAAACUGAGAACCCAUGGCCCCUCAACAUGGCGGACCUUCAUCCAUUGUGUCUGCAUGGAAUACACCCUGCCCCUACACCUGGAGACCAUGCUCCUGAGUGUCUGGGGCACAGACAGUGAGAUUCCAAGCCAGAACAGAUACUUCUGUGAGGAUGCCUUUCCUAAGUCCCAGCUCCAUCAUUCCGGCUUCAAGCGACCCUCCUCAGAGAUAGGCUCCUCACCUCGUCGAAAAUGUUCCAGGCAGCAGCAGCUAGAGUCGGUCAGAAGGUAUGAGAAGCUCCUGAGGACCUUGGUCCUGCAGAGGUAUGGGAGUACACAAGUAAGAACCACCGUGCCCCAGAAAGGACGGCCAUUCUCCUUCAGCCAGACGUACGUGGACCUAGUUGUGCAUCGGGGCAAGGUAACCUGGCUGAAGGAGAAUCCAGAGAAACCACGGGGCGAUGCUCUGUCAGGACCUCUUGAGGUAGAAGAUGGGGCUGAUUUGAAGGUCCAGGACCUAUUCAAGGGCCAGUCGGGUGCAGGCACCAAGGUGACAGUCGUGCUUGGGAAGCCAGGGGCAGGGAAGAGCAUGCUGAUGCAUCGAAUCUGCCAGAAGUGGGCAAACAGAGAGCUGGACCAGUUCAGCAAGGUCUUCCUCUUUGAAUUCCGCCAGCUUAACCUAGUGAGCCAGGAGCUGACCCUUCCCCAGCUCCUCUUUGAGUUAUACCUGAGCCCAGAGGAUGAGCCUGAUGCCAUCUUCCAGCAUCUUCAGGAGAAUGCCCAGCGAGUUCUGCUGGUCUUCGAUGGGCUGGAUGAGUUCCUCUUCCCCUGGCCCAGUCAGGGGCCCUGUGGUGAGGACUCCCUGAAUCCUACCCUACCUCUGCCUGUCGCCACACUGUUCUCUAGCCUCUGUAGUGGAACCCUCUUGCCAGGAUGCUGGGUGGUGACCACCUCACGCCCUGGGAAGAUCCCAGACUUCUUACUGGAAACAGCUACAUCAGUGUUUGAGGUCUGGGGGUUUGAAUGGCUGCAGAUCGAGAAGUAUGUCAGCAACUUCUUCCAUGGACUGACCUUUCGGGAUAUGGCCCUCUCCCAACUCAGGGACAAUACCCAGCUCCAGAGCCUGUGCUCUGUCCCAGCUCUGUGUUGUAUCAUCUGCAUCUGUCUCUAUCACCUCCUGCCCCAGGGCAAUACCAUUGACUUCCCCUCAACAGUCACCCAGGUCUAUAUGCAGAUGCUCCAUGUCUUCAUCAGCCGGAAGCAGGGGGCCUCUGAGGACAAGGACACCUGGCUGAGCAAGAACUCCCAGGCUCUUCUGGGCCUUGGUGAACUAGCCUUCAAUGGGCUAAAGGCCAAGCAAACAGUAUUCUACCCAGGUAAUAUACCUGAACGGGUAGUGGCCUUUGCAGCUACCCACAACCUACUGUCCUCCUUCAGGGUAAAGACAGGAAUCCAGCAGCAGAAGACAUGCUAUGCCUUUGUCCACCUCAGCCUACAGGAGUUCUUUGCAGCCCUGUAUCUGAUGGUGAGCCCCAACAUAGAUAAGGAUGAUGUGGGCUGCCACUUCUUUCUCAAGUCCAAAUGGCCCCUGAGGACCGAAGCCAGGACAGAACUUCUGGAUCGCUUCCAUACCUUUUUGUCAGGCUUCUCCUCCCAGACCUGCCAGUCCUUCCUGAGUCAGUUGUCGCAACAGGAUGAAGCCUGGGUGGGUACCAAGCAGGCAGCCAUCCGGCAAGUGUUACAGGGGCUGGCAGCCCGAAACCUAACAGGACCCAAGAUGAUAGAGCUGUGCCACUGUGUUGGGGAGACCCAGGAUGCUGAGCUGGUUAAGCAGGCUGGCAGGCACCUUCCUUUCAGUCUGGACUUCCGUAAUUUCCCCCUGAACUGCACCGAUUUGGCUGCCCUGACCUCUCUCAUCAACCAUGCUCCUGCUUCUAUGCAUCUCAAUUUUUCUGGCUGCUCUUUGGAGCCACAGUGCCUUGAUGCCCUAGCUGGCUGUGAGAAAAUUGAAAGUCUCAGGGUUAGAAGCAGGAAGUGCAGAGAUGCUUUUGCAGAAGCCCUCUCCAGGAUAUUGCCAACAAUGGAAAAUCUGAAGAAACUUGAGUUGACUGGAAAUAACAUCUCAGUUCAAGGCAUUGGCCACCUGGCACAAGCGUUUACAGACUGUCUUCAGCUGGAAGAGAUUAAUUUGCAGGACAACAGAUUGAAUGAUUCUUCAUGUUUAAAGAUCAUUGAGAUACUCCACAAGAUGCAGCAGUUACAGAAAAUUGACUUAAGCAGAAAUGCGGUUUCUGUCUCGACAAUCCUUGCCUUGGCGAGGGAAGCGGUUUCUUACCCCAGAGUCACCACCUUGGAGAUUAGGCAGGCACAGAUCAUCAUUCUCUUCUUUGUAUCCUCAGGAAAGACUCUGGAAAUGCCUCGAUCCCAGAAUGUGAAGAAAAUGAGCCCCUAAAGAAGGUUAUGACUCAGGCCAGAAAGCUAACAUUCAGACUUCAGAAAUGCAACCUUGCUGUCCACCAUGCAAAGGAGAUAGCUGAGAUGCUCAAGCACAGGCCCUGCCUGGAAGAAGUAGA